CGAUCACGAGCAGUCUUUAAGAAAGAACAAUCGUUUGUUACGGUCACAUUACUGCCACAGGUCACAUCGAUACACUUUGAUGAAUCAUCAAAGUUUGACCAACUGAUCAUUCCUGGUAUCAUCCCGGAAGGUAUCACUGAGAUUACAUUCAAUGAUAGGUUCAAUCAACCACUACAACCUGGUUCAAUACCUGCGACUGUAACAUCAUUGUCACUUGGCAGUUCAUACAAUCAUAAGAUUGAGCAAGGUAUCAUCCCAUCGUCAGUCACUGAACUUUGUCUAGGUUACACCGAUCAUUUCGAGCCAGGAGCACUACCAGAUUCAAUCAAAUCAUUACACUCUGAAGGUUUCAAUAAUCAGUUACUUGUUAAUGCGUUGCCCAAAUCGUUAACAGUGUUGGAACUAAAGAGGUUCGAUAUGCCUUUAUCACCAGGAGUGUUACCGCACUCCCUAACCUCAAUCCGAAUGGAAUACUUCGAGCAGGACAUAGAUACAGAUGUACUACCAUCACAACUCAGAACUCUCAAGUUGGAGUACUUCGACAAAGUUCUACGACCUUCUGUCCUCCCCGACUCACUUACCAAGCUCAAGCUUGGAUAUGGAUUCAACUCCAAGAUUAAUCCUGGAGUUUUGUCAAGAUCAUUGCGAUACUUGACAUUUGGAGAGAACUUCAACAAGAAAUUGAAAACCGGUGUACUGCCCUCCUCCCUUGUAUCGUUGAAGCUUAGAGGUGUGUACAACAAACCUAUGUACCAAUCAGUCCUCCCUCCAUCUCUUACCCACUUGGAGCUAGGUCACAAAUUCUAUCAACCAACCGACCAUGAUUGUAUUCCAUUAUCUCUAACAUCAUUGGCAUACUCUAAUAAUCUGUUCAUUUGUACUACUUCAAGUACCUUCAUAUUCUGUCGUAUACAACGUGUGACUAUGAAGUCAGAAGUUAAGUAUCACCUACCAUUACUACCUCGUAAUGAAUGGUUCAAUGGACAAAUUCGAACAUUGGUCUUGACAUAUUACCCAAGCUUCAGCUAUUCAUUAAGACAAGAUGCUAUAAGACAAUAUUUGAACUCUGGUAUUGCCAACAUCACACUUGGAGACUUUGGAAGUCUUUGCAGAAUUGAUGACAAACAUUUAAUUUUUUCAAUAAUCACAGCAAACUCUGAACAAAGAAUAUACAUUACAACCAAAGACAAUCUACUACUUGAGAACUUAAUUAAC